CUCUGCGACAUGCUGGGCGCGCCGGCGUGGCGCAGCAUCAAUGUCGAUGCGGCCAUCGCGUACCUGAUGCGGUGUCGCACGUUUGAAGGAGCGUUCGGGCAAACACCAGGGAUGGAGUCACACGCCGGCUCGACGUACUGCGCCCUCGCCGCGCUGCAUCUCAGCGCGCGCCUCGGCGUGACGCUCAGCGCCGCGCAGCAAGCCGAUGCGACGCGCUGGCUCUUGGCGCUGCAGCAGCCCGGCUCGGGCUUCGCUGGGCGCGUGGGCAAAGAGGCAGACGUGUGUUAUUCCUUCUGGCUGGCUGCUGGGCGCGCAGCAUGCCGUGGGAGGUCUGGGCAAGACGCAGGGCGAGAUGCCGGACCUGCUGCAUUCCUACCUUGGCCUUGCGGCACUCAGCAUGCACGUGCACGAGCACGAGCACGGCGACGACGAGGCGCCGCGGGACCGGGACGCGCAGCAUACGCAGCUGUCGCGGCAGCUGGCACGCUUGGAUGCGGCCAUGAACUGCACGCAGGAGACGAGGCUGUGGUUGAGAGCGUCACUGGAGGGGAUGGAAUGAGACACACACCCACUCCAGCAACCACCCUUCGCCCCCCCCCCCCAAUGUGACCUUGCUCGUGCC